AUGAAAAAACACGUUGGUGGUUUCUAUCAAGAGCAGCGUGGACAUUUAAAAACCGGUAAUUACACAACCGACUGUAAACGGUGCCCAAUUGGAACGUUUUCUCCUACUCUUGCAGCUACCACGAUUUUUGGUUGCCGGUCAUGUCCUACUGGAACAAAUACAGAUUCCCAGGCAGCUCUUAAUGCGUGUCCAUGCUUAGAGAACUUCCAUCGCACUUACCGUUACGGCGCAUGUCAGCCGUGUCCAAGCGGUGUCGAUUGCGCAGGUGGUUUCCAGAAAUUGAGGGCGGGCUACUGGUGGUCGUGGAAUUUUACAGCUUAUAUUGGUCAUGAUUAUCCAGGUAGUUUUCAUGAGUACAACCAGUUUGUUAACAACCUUAGUGAUUCCCAUUUUGAACUUUCUACACCUAACAGUUUAAACGAUACAGACUAUAAAGGAUUUCUUCCUGCAGUCCAUUUGUGUCCACGAAGUGAGGGUUGUCUAGGUGGAGGUAUUGAAGGAAACUGCUCAAAAGGUUAUACGGCUUGGUUGUGUGCCGAGUGCAGUGCUGAUUAUUAUGAAUUAUUUGACAAAUGUCACAAAUGUCAAGAUUAUAAAAUCAUAAUCACUGUGACGGUUGUGGUAAUAUUGGCAUUCAUAGGUGUUGCCUACGGAGUGUGGAGACUGGAUAAACAAACAGGUGUGAGAAUUCGAAACGACUCUUUUGUGAUCCACUUAAAAAUCGCUAUCAAUUUUUACCAAGUUUUGGGUAUACUAUCUGCAGUUAAUGAAAUUCAUUGGCCAGAAUCAUUUAAAUCUGUUGGACAAAGCCUCCAGUAUCUCGACAUUGUACGGUAUGUCAAUGUCCUCAGCCCGAGGUGUAUAUUUCCAGGUGUUUGGAAUGCUUACACAUAUUUGUAUAUUGCCAUCGCUACACCAUUCUUUAUUAUUGUGUCGACAUCUAUCUUUUUCUUGAUCUGGAGCAUCUGCAGGAGGUACAAGCAACACCACUCGGUGCAUCAGUUAACAGACAACUUCUUGUCGGUUACAAUGAUGUUGCUGUAUUUGACGUACGCUAAUACUUGCUCAAACAUCAUGGCGGUCGGCCCGUGGUCUGUCCGUACGUUUAAUGUCACAGCAAAUGGUGAAUAUAAAAAACUAGUGUUAACUUCCGACUACUCUAUUGACCUUGACGAAGAAGAUGGUUUACGAUACAAGACGAACAAGUACAUUACUUAUGGUUCCUUAGUGUAUGUGGUUUGUUUUCCUCUGGCUGUCAUUCUGGUAUUGUAUCGCAGAUACAAACGUCAUGAAGUAGUAGGUCGCGAAGAAGAACGGCCAGGAACGAUGGGAAUGAGAUUCUUCUGCAAGCAAUACAGCAACAAGUUUUGGUACUGGGAAGUAAUUGAUAUGUAUAAUAAAGCUACAUUAGCUCUCAUCGCAAACUUUAAAGACGACCAAGCCUCGAAUAUGUCAUAUUCCCUCUUUAUUACCGUCAUCCUUAUAGCUCUGCACCUGUAUCUUGAACCAAUGAAGGAUAAAUCAGAUCAGAGAUUUCAGUUGUUGACACUUGUUUUCAUUAUCGUCAACUUAUCGGUUGGUGCAAUUGUUGACAUCGGAGAGUUCGUGUACACUGUAGACGAGACUAUACUUGUUCUUCAUGACAUUACACCAUUUAUUCUACUGCUGCUCAACCUCUCCAUUGUGUUUGUUGUUUUUGUUGACCUACUCAAAAAAAUCAAAGAAAGCUGCUGGGGAGAAUGGAUUGGUUCACAAGAGCUCAACAGUUUUGUCAGUAACGUUGAAGACACCGAGGAUGAUGGGAAUGAGCUUUCUGCUAUACUUCAGGCAGAUUUUGAUAGCUUAUCAACCUACAAUCCAACGACUGUAGUAUUAGAAUAAUCAUUGGGUAUGGAUUAUUUAGUUGUGUAUUAAAACAUCAGAGUGUUAUUUUAAUAAAAAUUUUCAAUAAUGCUUAUGCAAAACGUCGCAACAGUAUUGCCAUAAUUGAUUUGAUAUUUUUCAAGAUUAUUUUAAAUAAAAACCCCUUUUUAUCUAUUUUGAAUAUAAUUGUGUUUUUUUGAAAAACAACUUCUUGUUCAAUAAAAAAAUUUUUUUUUUCAUGGAAAAUGUUCAUCAUAACAAUUAUAUACAUCAUAUAAUGAUACAAACACUAUCUCAAUGGUUUAUGAAGAUUAUUGUAGUCAUUGAUCAUUUCAUUCUAAUUUUUUAAAUUUCAGUAAAAUGUUAGUGGUCAAUGUGAAUGUAGUUUUAGAGAGAAUAGAGAACAGCUUAUUUUAGUUGCCUAAACAAUUGCUUUAUCACUGUGUGCACACUGAAACAUAUAUCCUUUCAUCCAUCACUGUUUUUGGAUAAGCAUUUUAAGUCAUUGAUUCCGUGUGUAAACCAUGUGGACAUUAAAGAACGCAGUACACUCGUUGGGAAAAAUGGAUUGUCUCCAGGUGUAGGCCCUACUGCUGGGAAUUACGGUGUAUAGGCCUAUGUGUUUUAUGAUAAACCUUCAGUUUUAAUUCUGAUAUAGAAUUGUAAAUACUAGGUAGGACUUUGAUCAUGAUUUAACUGUGUACCAUGUCAUACUUUACUAAUACUUGUGUUUAGGUUUUAUUGUAGAUGAACAUGUAUUAUGUUUUGAAUUCUGUUAGAUGUGGUAGUUGAUUUUUGAAAAAUACCGUAAAGUUUCAAUAAACAAAUAUAAUAACUAUAAAUCAGUAAUGGUAGUAACAAUGUUAAUAUUGAUAUUUAUAUCUGAUCCUUGCUUCUUCUCUAAAAUGUAUGUCAAAACAUACACUCAAUAUGUGAUUAAAUGUCACCUUAAGGCCUCUUUCUCUUACAUAGUUUGCUUAAAUGUAAAAGGAAUUACAACUAGGAACCAGGUAAUAUUACCUGUGCUGAUUAUGUGUAUAGUAAGGAAUAAGAUAAUAACAAUCCUCAAUACUUAUUAUCACAUGAAGAUAUAUAAUAUAUAUAUAUAUAUAAUAUAUAUAUAUAUAUAUAUAAUACUGUAUAUAUAAUAUACAUAAUAUAUAUACAAUAUAUAUAAUAUAUAAAAUAUAUAUUAUAUAUAUAUAACUUUUGUACACGACUAAACUUCUGUUAUAUUUUUAUAGUUGUUGUUUUACAGCAUUAUACUAGGAUAUCAAUAGUAUAAGUGUGUUAGUGUUUUAAUAGAUGGGUAAUGAUUUAAUUUUAAUUAAAAUAGAUUAAUCGUUUUCAUAUAAUUAUUUUCGGUUUGGCUAGGUUUAACUUACUAAAGACAGUCACCUUUUAUUCAACGUUUAC